AUGACGACGCAGGAUGAAGCUUCAGCGCUUGAUGUUAUCAGGCAACACCUCUUAGGUGAUUUCGCAUCACUCGAAAGCUUUCUCAAUGAUAUGACUCCAAUUUGUCCAUCUACUUCAUCAGAAAUUACCAUUUCUCAAUCUGAAACUUCUUCUUCUUCUCUAUCUACUACAGAUAGUAUCCAAUCAUCUUCAUCAACAUUGUAUUCUCAAUCAUCAGUUUCAAAACCGGAUUUCGAUUUCCUCGAUUACUUAACAUUCGACGAAGAAGAAGAUAAGAAGAGUCCUGUCUUUGAUGAUUUCCUUCAAUCCGAAACCAAACCUCAGAUCAGUGAAUUAAAUAUGAGUUCGGAAUCGAGUUUUGUUACUAAAGAUCGAAAGCCUUCACUACAGGUUUCUGUUAAUAAACCUAAUUUGAUGACGAUGAUCAGUUUCAGUUCUGAACAAGAAAAACAAAAAACGGUAAAAACUCAAACCAUAACCAAACCAAAGAACCAGACAGAUACGAGGAAAUACAGAGGAGUGAGACAAAGACCAUGGGGGAAAUUUGCAGCAGAGAUUAGAGAUCCAAGUCGUGGAGGUUCUAGAGUUUGGUUAGGUACUUCUGAAACAGCUAUUGAAGCUGCUAAAGCUUAUGAUCGUUCAGCUUUUAAGAUGCGUGGAAGCAAGGCGAUCUUGAAUUUCCCUCUUGAAGCUGGUAAACAAAUCGAUGAACCAGUAGUGAAUUCCAAUUCAAGGAAAAGACGAAGAGAAAUUCAACCACCAUCACUUGUUCAUGAACAACUUAAUAAACUUAUUAAGACGGAAAUUCCUUCGGAAUCUGAAACCCAAGCUACUAGUUCUCCAUUAACGCCUACAAAUUGGAUGGCUAAUUGGGAGAAUAUCGAAGUUAACGAUAUUUUUGACGUUCCUCUGUUAUCUCCAUUACCUGCUUUUGGUUUUCCCCAACUUAUGGUGAUAUGAGUUUUAACGGUGUUUC